GGCAUUUGAGAACAUUAACGUAUCAGCUGACUGUACCAAUACACGUUAAUUUGAAUUGCCUUUGUGUUCUGCAAUACGAUUGAAGGUUAAUAUAGAACUGUUACUAUUUUUAAGUCUGAAUACAACAUGUUACAAAUAAUGGUGUAAUUGUAAAUAAACUUGUACGCUUCUUCCAAUUAAAUGGUGCAAAAUCAUAUCGAAGUCUUCGACCUUUUGUGAUACAUUUCGUGAUAUUUUUUCAUGCUUGCUAUGAUUUGGAACUCCAAGAAAAAUUUUUUAUAAUUAAUGAAUUUGAAAGAUUAAUCUAUAAAAGUUCCUAACACUGUUAUAUUUAUAUAUACACAAAAGUAUUAUUUUAUUUGUUGUUGAAGUAAGAGAAACUACAGAAGUAUGAAUGAUUCUUUCCUAGAAGACUUAGAAUUAUUGUCUACUGAUGUUAAAACUGUAAAUGCUUAUCCAGUGGAUCGGCAUGUAACAACAAGGAAUGCAUCAUCUCCUUUGCAGCAUACACUGCAAGGCAAAGGAGAAAAUUUACAUAUCGCAAAGCAAUAUAAUACUAGGGAACCAAAUACGAAAGAUUUAAAAAAGUUGCCUGAUCAAGACACAAGGAAACAACAAAUGAAAGUAAGAAUAUCUGAAAGGAAAGAGAAGCUUGUUGAAAGUAAGUUGAAACCGAUUGAAAAUAAGGUGAAAAGCGAUGGAAAGGAACAAGUAGUUAAAGAUGAUACUAAAGUAAAGAUUAAAGAGUCAAGAGCAAAAAUUUCUGAAAGCAAAGUGAUUAUGAAGGAUAAAAUGCGACGUUCAGGAAGUUAUAAGGAAAAUACUCAGGCUCCAGAUGUAUCUGUUAAGGAAAAUAACAGACCAUCUGAUUCCUCAAAAGAUGGAACUUCCCAGGUAGAAGUUGUUGCAAAAGACAAAACAAAAGCCUAUGAUCUCAGAAAAGUAGAAUCCAAAGAAACUGAUCCUGUUGCAUUGCUUAAUGCUAUCAAGGACAUUGUGAGUAUAUCCACAAAACAGGAGAGCACGAAGAUUUUGAGAGCGAUGCAAGAGCUGCAUUUUAAUUCUCAAGCAAAUCUUAUUAAACACCUACUGUGCCAAACAGAUGACAUAAUUAAUGAAAUGCAUCCUAGUAAAGAUUCCAACAGAGUAAAAAGCCUAAUUGAACAGAAUGAAAGAUUACAAGAGGAUAUUGUUAUUUUACAAAGAAGAAACGAGGAGCUGCAGAAGAAAUUAAAGGAAUUUGAAUUUCUGAAACAGGAAAAUAUUGCACUCAAAUUAAAAUGCAAGGAACUAUGUAAACAAUAGCAAAAGUGUACAGUAUUCUAAUACUAAGUACUUAGAAUAUGUUGAUAAUGAGGUAUCCAUUCCAUGCUGCUGUUGAACUUUGAUGAUUACCAGCUGUUGUUACACUGCAUGAAAAUAUAAAGUCAUUAAUAUUGAAAAAUAAGCGAGAGUAAAAAAUAUAAAACAUACCAAGCUUUAAAAAUGGUAUUCCACAAGUUCAAUAAUAAACGUGCAUAUACGAUCGAUGAUGUCGGUAAUCAUUGAUUAUAGAUAAUGAUUCAUAAUCUCCGUAUUCUUUUAUAGUUUUCUCUUUCAGCCCAAUCUCCUUGUCAGUUCAUUUAACUUAUCUAAGGAAAGAUAUCAUGCAAUAAAAUUGAUGGAUUUUCCCACAAUUUUUCUCGCGUUUUCCUUAUAGAUAAGCAUGUCUGCUCGAUCAGACACUUUUAUAAUGUAAACUAGAAUACUAAAUAAAAUUGUAUUAUUGUGUAUAUUUUGUAAAAUGAUCAUAGUUGAUAUAAUGAUUAUAUUUACGUGUGAUGAAAGUAGGUGGAAAUUUCGUAGUUAUUUUUAUAAAUACUUUACAAUUUUUCUUUUAACACCAAUGGCUGUUAAUUAUCAGAGUAUAAGAUUCUGCAAAUGUUUUACACACACCAAGUCGCGCGCGAUGUUUUCCAUAUUGUUGCGUGUGGAAAGCAAUGACACGUGUGUUGCAAAUACAACAACACACAUUUUCUAAUGUUUUUACUAAUAUUUUUUUAAUUCGUAACAAAGUUUAAAGCUAACAAUAUGUUAUCUAGUUUAAAUAGUCUGAGCCUCAUUUAUUGCAUACGCGUCGUAAUAUGUAUGUAUUUUAUUCCGCGUUGAUUUAAAGUUGAUAUAUUUAUUGAACUAAAAAGAAAAAGAAAAAACAUAUGAUAGGUUUUUGUCUGUAAGAAAAUGCCUAAUAAACUACUUUAUAAUUGAA